AUGAACUUGGUACCUCCUGCCGCACCAGUCUCCACGCCCCUCAAGGAAUACAGCCGACGCUGGAGUGUUACCGAAGAAGCCCACCUCAUCUACCUACGCGACACCCAGUACGCCAGCUUCGACGCCAUUGCCAAAGCCAUGGAUCGGUCUCCAAACGCCGUGCAAAACUGUUACAGAGAGCUGCGUCAGAAAGCGUUAGCAGCAGCCAUAACAUGGACUCCAGACCUCGACGCGGCCAUUAUCUCCGGGCGAAAGCGCCACCUUACCUGCGUCGAGACUGCGCACGCGAUGCAGCUGGCGCCGGAAGCCGUGCAGGAGCGAUGGCGCUAUCUCAAGGCCAACAAGCUUGUUCCCGAAGACGUGCUAGCCAUGUGGCAGAGGAAAGAGAAAGUAGAGUUUGCAGAGUGGGAAGACGAAGCGAUUCUGAGGCUGUGGAUCCGCGGCAUGGAUGACGCUGAAAUUGCGGAGAGACUGGGAGGAGGCGAUAUCUUGGUUGGGAAGCGCAAGGCAGAUAUUGCGGCGAGGAGGAGGGAGUUGACAAAGGGAAGUCCGUUGUAUUCGAAGAUGUUGGAUGUCGACCAGGGCAAGGCGGAUGCUAGCGGAGGUUUGGGUGGGAAGCCGAAGUAUGAAUGGCAGAAGUAG